AAGGGGCCUUGGGUCCAUUCUGAUUGGUCAGGGUUUCUGCCAUAUUGGUUGUAAGUCUGUUGACGAUUACCCCUGGAUUGGAGCCACCUUGAGCCUUAUCUUCCUCCCUGCCAGAGGCCAGGCCAUGGCUUGCUGGCCUCCUGCAUCCUGAGGAUGGCCCAGCUGGAAGACGAGGCCUCUGCAGUCCCCAUCAACGGGGAGAGAUGGGUUCCAUCACAGGUGAAUGGAGCAGGUGAGACCCCCAUAGGGGUCCCUGGGACCCCAGAGCCACUCCUUCGCCUCUGGAGGACGUGGGGGGUGUGGCAGAUCCCAGAGCUGGAUAUCCAGGAUGCAGAAGCCCUUCUUGAGCUGUGGCCUCUGGGGAGCUUCCUGGUCACAGGACAUGACCCCAGUCAGGUCCUGGUGUUGAGGACAGGAGCUUCACCAGGAGAAAUCCACACCUACCAGAUCCAGAAGCUUCCUGGCGGUGUGUCUCUGGAAUAUUCUAACCUCUGCAUGCCAGACCUGCCCCAUCUCCUGGCCUUCCUAUCAGCCAGCAGGGAUGUUUUGCCCAGAACACUGCUCUUGCCCCCUCCCACUCUAAGGCCUGGAGACCAACACACAGGUCCCCCACAGACUGGCAGUGUCCACCUCAAUGUCCCGGAAAGGGUGCUCUCCAUGGUGAACAAGCUCUACCUGGAGACUCACGGAGGGUGGGGGAAGGAGCAGAUCCCCCCAGAGACACCUCCAGAAACUGCAGAAAGACACAGUUCCGCCCCCAGGAACCCUGCUCCUCACCGGGUCUCCUGGGUGGAAGGCCCACUCAGCCCGGAAGUACACCAUCCUGGGCCAGCCCUGGCCAGCGUGGUGGAGGAGAAAGAGAAGGAGGACGAGGACAAGGAUGAAAAUGCGGAUGACUACAAAGAUGAAGAGAAUGGCCCCGAGGAUGUGCUCACCCAUCACAUUCAAGCUCUGGCCAGGGCCCGGGGCAACUACGUGGGCAGGCAGUUCCAGAGCCUUCGGGCGCGCCUCACCUCAAAUGCCAGGGGCCCCCUCAGGCCUGGGGACCCUGCCACAGAGCUGCUUCAGGAUGUGCGCCACCUCCUUACUGACCUCCAGGACCACUUAUCAAAGGACCCCGAUGUCAGGGCUGUUUUUGGGAGCAGGGGGCCUGCGGUCCCCCAGAAGGACGAUGAUCUUGGCGCUGCGGUGGAGGCGGCCUUGUGCCGGGCGGUGCUGGCGCCGUUGAAGCCUGCCCUGUGGGCGCGACUCCGCAAACUCCGAGCCCAGGAACUGCGGCGACUGAGGCAGCGACAAAUAGCCCUGCGGGUGGGGGCGGGGCCUCCGGGAUGCCAGGGGGCGGGGCUUGAGGGGCCCCCGGCCCCAGCCCUGCGCAGCCGCAUCCACGCGCGCCUGGAGCACCUCCACGCUGCCUGCGCUCCACGCCGCAAGGUGGCGCUGCUGCUGGCGGUGUGCACUGACGUUUACGCAGGCCUGGCUCAGGGCGAGAACCAAGAGCCCCUGGGGGCCGACGCCUUCCUGCCCGCACUGACGGAAGAACUGAUCUGGAGUCCGCACAUUGGGGAGACGCAGCUGGACGUGGAGUUUCUAAUGGAGCUGCUGGAUCCGGAGGAGCUACGGGGAGAAGCCGGGUACUACCUGACCACGUGGUUUGGGGCGCUGUACCACAUCGCUCACUACCAGCCGGAUGCGGGCCGCGCACCCCAGGGGCUCAGCUCUGAGGCUCGUGCCUCCCUGCGCCAGUGGCACAGCCGGCGGACACUGCACAGACAGGACAGGCAAGACCACGCCAGAGCCCAGGUCAGCCUGCCCUUUGAGGAACCUUGGGCAAGAGACCCUGUGCCCAGAGACCAAUGAUGGCGAGGGGUCUCAAACCCUCCUGCUCCUCAGGCAAGAUUCCAGGGGCCCCAGGAUGGCACCAACUUCUAACCCCUGUUGGCUUAGGUGCAGGGAGAAGGAAGGGUUCCCAGGAACAGAACCCCCUCUGGUUUGCCCCUUCCCCCUGCCCAAGAUGGCUCCUUCCUAAUCCCCAGAAUCUGUAAACAUGGUCAAAGCGACUUUACCCAUGUGACUAAAUCAAGGAUCUUGACAUGGGGAGAUUAUUCUGGAUCAUUCUGGGGCCCCAGUAUAAUCUCUCUGAGUCCUUGCAAGAGGGAGGCUGGAGGGGCAGAGUCGGAGAAAGAGACGGGAUUUUGUAAGCAGAGGGUGGAGUGAUAUGGCUGGGAACCAAAGCAGGCACCCUCUAGAAGCUGAAACAGACAAGUGGAUUUUCCCCUGGAACCUACCGAAGACUCGGCCUUUGAUUUUAGGCGGGAAGAGCUAUUUUGAACUCCUGACCUUUAGAACUGCAAAAUAAUAAAUUUGUGGGUUUUUUGACCUGGUAAGUUUGUGGUAAUUUGUUAACAGAAGCAACAGGAAGCAAAUACACUCUCUUACCCUGAACUUUAUUUUCCAUA